UUCACGAAACAAAAGAGUGCUUUGAGGCAGGAAACCGUAUCAGCCACGCUUGUCCAUUUUGAAACGUUUUCUCGAACAAAUCCAGCACAAAAGUCAAGCAGAAUUUGUCAAGAUGGUGAUGUCUAGAAGUACAGCAGUUGGGUCGAUAGUAACAGGCUCUAUUAUGCUCGGUUUUGCAAUUAUUGCCGUGAUAUGUGGGGCAGUUUCAGCCGGGAAGCUGUCUGGCCAGGCUGCAGCUUCGGCUGGUUUGUGGUCGCUCUAUGUAAGUAUUAAUUAAGCCUUGUUCAUGUCCAAGUCUUACGCCUAAAACUUACGUGACCCAUGUUGUUUAGAGCUUGAGUUUCAUUUGGUCGCACUAGGCUUGAUUGUCAGAUCUUGUCGUUGACAUUACUGGUUGCCUUUUGUGAAGUAUUAAAUUAAGGAAAUACGUUUUCCCAACUUGUAUAGCAAUGUAGUGAAUGUUUGGUAGUCCUAUUUUGGCUACAAUCAUCGUGUGAUCGCGACCACCACGACUAAGUCCAAACUAAAGCUAAAUUCUGCUUCUCAUUUGCUUUUUAAUGAAUAAUGGCGACUGUUUGCCAAUAUGGCGAUGUCAUGUAAAUAGUCACGAUCGAUGUGCCAUUUUGAGUUUUGUAAUUGUAUGCAGAUUAGUAAAGACAAAGGCAGUUUACGGCAUGCAUUCGUCACAACGGCAAAAAACUGGCCUUGACUUUUGUCCUGAAGACUUUAAGACGGCCGAAUAGCGAAUAAUAUUGAAAUAAAAUCGAUAAAAGAUCGUAGACUAGUCUGAAGGGCGCGGAUCGUUGUCAUGCCAUGCAUAUAUGUAAUGUUUGUCUCGUAAAAAUAUCCGUUAUGUAUAAUACACAAUGAUUAUAUACGCAUAUGAAGAUACAAACAAGUGUUUUAAAAACUUUAAACAAAAACAGCGGACGUCGAAAUUACAGAAUACCCAUACAGUAUCAGGGCCUAUCAGUGCCAAGUGCGCUGUGAAAUUAUUCAAUAUGGCUAUACAUCGCAUUUUCGCAGGUACAUACACGCGCAAGUAUAUGCUAGGCUUUCUCGCUUUUACCGCCAAAAAUGAAGUGAAGAACAACUAGAGAUCAUUUCUGUUUAGUUCUGACGCGUGACGGCGCCAAGACGAAGCAAGAAAUAAUUUUCAGUUGAAAUCGUUUUGCCUUUGUGGCAUUUCCAACUUGUGCUUAUAAAUAUCGGCUUAUGCUAUCGCGCUCACAUUGGCGUUUGACAACUUUUUGCGUCUGCAUUUUUUUUUACUUUGUCUUGCUGUUAGGCAUUCCCUCAAGCUGUGAAAUAUCGAUCAAAGUGCUUGUAUAAAAGAAGGUUUUGACAGUUUGACAGAAAUGCAUGUGCGGGCUGUGUAAACCUCUUAGGCCUUGGCUAUUUUCUGUGCUAUUUCGAAGACGCAAUGAUUUGAAUUGACGUCAUCAAUUUCUCAUCUCACAGAUCGCUUCCAAAAAUGGACCUCAGAAUUGAAAUCCUCGUGUUAAAUUAAUCUAUGCCGAAAAUUUCAUGAUGUUUGGAUAAUCAGGGCGCGAAUUACGGCGUUUUGGAAAAUUUUGUUUUCCCAACUGUUUGACAACAGCGGAAAUUCCAAUCAAAUGUAUGGGGAACUAAACUGUCAAAACGCCAUAACUCCAUAUCGCCUUGAAUGUCUAAACAUGAAAUGUUCGGUGUAGACUAAUUUGAACCAGUGAGCUCUAUAUAUAUAUCUGGAGUAGGAACUUCUAAUGUUUUGGCAAUAGGCCAAGUGAAGCCAAAAAAAAUCCAAGAUGGCGGCCAUUGACGUCCAAUAGCUCUGAAGGUCGUAAACAGUUUUUAUACCAUUUUCCCAAGCUAAUUCCAGUUUUUUCUAAUGGACCGUAUCACUAAUCAAAUUUUCAGUUCAUAAAAUCACAAUAUUAUUCUUUAAAUCGAAGUCAAAAUACGAAAUUUCAACACACUCCUUGUCAAGAUGGCGGAAAUUGAAGGAGCUCUUGGACGUCAGUUCCAGUCCCUUUCUAUUGUUUUUGUAUGCGCGGUUAACACGAAACUGGCUUCACUUUGAGCAACCAAGUUCCUACUCCAGAUAUAUAUGGAGCUCACUGAUUUGAACCUGAAGAUUUCAAUUCUGGGGUUUUGAUCUAGGCAAGAAGAACAAAAUCACAUUUGGGCCGAAAGUGGUGCAUUUUCCCGUGCGUAAUACAAAUUCAUACAAAAUUUGCAAAUUUUUGUAGGGCUAUAUUUUCCUCAUUUUACAACAUUUCUCGCAACCAAACUUUGCAAUUUUACUAAUUUUAACAUCAUAUGCUCUUUCUAGCUGUGGUGAUGGAUUUUGUUCUUCUUGCCUAGACCAAAAUUUAGUUAAAAGCUGAAGUCAUCUAUUGCGUGAUCAAAUUUUAAUGACGCCAUUGCAACCACAACAUAUUUUUGUGCAAACCUGUAUUCAUUCUGGGGAAAAUAAAACAGUCUUUAUACUGUGUUUCAUUUACACUGAUUAUACAAAAGACAUUUAAAGACUAAAAGAGUUUUAGAUUUGACUACGUGUGCGACUGGGCGAAUUCAUCAUUUGCCCACAAUUUUCGCGCCGACAACAUGACGUAGGAUAAAAUGUAGAUACGGACGGCGGACGGACGGACCAAAGGAUAAGUUGCAGCAAAAAAGAUAAAAUGCGCUAGCGGCGACUGCUAUUCUUACUUGAAUUCACGAACGUGAAAUUAUACAAAUUUUAUUUCAAGAAAGACAAUGCUAUCGCCAUAAUUAACAACAAUAAUAAUAAUUAUUAUUCCAAAUAUAUAUGAAUUGUAUAUGCGAUACCAAACUUUUCCCGGCCAUUCCAAAGUAAACGAAAGUAUUACUGUUCACAUACACAUGUUGGCGUCUUUGUCUCCCCCCCCCCCCCCCACAAUGUUGGUUUUAACAUGCAUUUCACCUGAUCAAUGUGUAAUCUUUUAGCAUUGAACGGGGGGAGGAGGAAGUUAAAAAUUGCUGUUUUCACAAGUAUGUAUUGGGCAAGACAGAUACUUCUGUCCACAAUAAUUUUUGCUAGGAUUGUAGGUUGUGUCCAACCUCGUUCCCAGGGCUUCAGUGUGGGACGAGGCGAGACACGAGGAAGCCCUGGUCCGGGCCGGUCACUUUUGCAUUCUGAUUGGCUAACACCAUAUUGUCUAAAAAUAACUAAAUUGACGGUUGACAAUAACAAAUUACAAUACAAUUCAACAUUUGUAUUUUUAUGAUUCUUGUGUGUACGAGUAUGCUUUGCAAAAUAAUCUUUCAAAGUAAGACGUUUUCCCGACUGCACGAUUUACUUUCGCCUCGGCCGGUUACAAAACUCAAAAGCCGUGUCGAAGUGAGCUGUGAUGUUUCCUGACAAAACAAGAAAUGUCUACUAUUAUUUAAGUUUUCCUUAUAGCCCUUAUACAGUAUUUAUUAGUGCAGAUGUCUGAUGAAAUACUACGCGUAUUGCAUUGUAGUAAUAUUUUAAUUUACAAUAUUUUGUACUGACAAAUAAAAGCAAGACAAACAAUUAAAUGAAACUACUAAAUUAAUUUAGGCCCUGUUUACUUAAUAGCUCUACGCCUAGGCCGAUGUAGUCUACAAGAUUCGCACGCCACCCAGUUUUUCAGUUUCAGAAUACGCCGAAUACUUGAAAAUUGCGACUAUACGAUAAAAUAAAACAAAGAUUGUGAAGGGUAUAAAAUUUGUAGGCAAGCAUUGCUCCUGAACGGCAAGUGUUGGUGUCCGGCGAAACAAGCGAACCGUAUAUUCCUGUACAGCGUAAACAGGUUACGCGAGGUUUUAUAUUUGUGUUUAUUUAAUAUAUUGAACUAAGUCAGAUCUAUAAGAGCAUAUUUAAACUAAAUAUUAAUUAUAGCAAUAGCCAUAUUGUUCAAAACGAGAGAAAGGAAAUUUCGUGUGAAUCACCACUUGCAUGGAGACGCCUAGAUGCACUUGGAUGCAAAGCUUUGCCUGUAGUUGAAAAUCUCCAGAAAUAUCGGUAUAUCUUAGAAAACAUAGACGGGAUCUUCAUAGAUUUUAGCUGAUUCGUGUCAAACUUCGCUCUACACAUAAAUAAUAUCGAUUGAGAAGUCUUUUGGCUAUUUAUUUGUUUCGAAGACUUGUAUAUUUCCUUAAAGAAUAUCUCGCCACUCCUUGACGAGUAGCUGUCAAAUACUGCCAUUUUUUGACGUCACGUGACCGGACCGGACCAGGGCUUCCUCGUGUCUCGCCUCGUCCCACACUGAAGCCCUGGGAACGAGGUUGGGUUGUGUCCGCUGUUUUUAGUGUAUCAUGAUUUCUUUCUAUUCUAGUAUGCUGUGCCAGGAGUUCUCUGUAUUGUGGCAGGUGCAACCAAAAAUGGCAUUGUGGUAAGGGAUAGUUGUCUUAGAUUCAGAUACUGGGUUCAAAAACUGAAUGAGGGUCUCCCAGGGGUUUUUGGGGGACAAGGCAUAUUUUGCAAUGGGAACAAAGUCGAAAAGAUCACCAGGGCCCUCAAAUUUGUUCAAAAUGCCCUUUUUUGUGAUGAAAAGUUCCCUUUUUGUACAAGCUAUAUACAAACUCGAGCCGAAGGCGAGUAUAUGCGAUACAACACGGACUAAAUGGCUUGUGAAACGUCUUGAUGAGAACAUUUGUGUUCUUCUACAAUUUAAAAUAAAUUCAUGAUAUUUGGUGAGAAAAUUGAACUUAAAGUUUAUGUAUAUCAGCAUGAUUCUGUAUCAGAUAUACAAACUCCUUCACGCUCAUGAUUUCUUUUCUGUUUUCUUCAUGAAUUAUUAUUAAUGCGUUUCACAACUAUUUUUCAAAUCGAUCUAUAACGUUUAAUUCUUUCACUCUAGAUGGGUUUUGCUUUGUUUUUCAACAUCAUUGCUGUGAUCAUUUCGACCGCUGCUUCGAUCGUUUUGAUCAUAAUUACUGUUGUCAUGAAGAAAUUCACGGGUGAUUACCGGGACCACUGCCGUAAUACUUUCGCUGAUACAUGCAGAUGCACUUAUUAUGGUGAUGAUCGUUCUACAUACGAUGAGGAUCAUGUAACAUGUAAGUAAAGGUUGGCUUUCAUUGCUAGGCGACAAUUGCCGACGCAAUUUUCCGUUUCGUAAACCGCCAGGGUCACCAGUAACAAUCAAUGUCACCAAUUUCAGCGUGCGUCAUCCAUAUUAUUAUAUCUAUGACGUCAUCACAUAUGGCGAAUAUGAAAUGAGAUUCCAUUUCCUCAACCUCAGGGUCAAAGACAGACAAGAUUAUUUAAUCCCAACUCGCACAAAUAUAAAUUCCGACAUACAAGACGUCAACCUAUGAAAAAUCUUACAAAAUCCGAACAUCAAGAAUAUGGAACACACUACCUAAUUCUAUUACAUCCAAAGACCGAACAUUUUCAGAAUUCAAGAAUCUUCUUUUUAAAGGUGAUCUACAGUCCGUAUGUAAACAAAGCCUUUGUUUACAUUUUUGUGUCCAAAAUAUUGAACUUUAUUCGACAACUAUUUAUAUUUUCAAGCUUCUAGAGUAUAAUAAAUGAUCAAGAAACAACAAUCAAGCUUUUCAAGAACUCAAAACAUAGUUAAACUGUUUGUAUCAUAAAAAGUGGGCUCAUUUGUGCACAUGCGCAGAUCGGACUGUAGAUCACCUCUAUAUUUUAGCAUUAGAAAAUACAUACGAUGUUGAGGAUCCCCGGACAUGGAAAAGUGUGUGUAUAAAAUGUAAUUCCGCUCGAAGUUUAAUGAACUCUCCAUUGACAUGCUGCUUUUAGACAAAUGUAAUGACUGUUGUCCAAGUAUUGUCUGUUGUGUGUGUUUAGUAUACCUUGUAAAUUGUUUCUGUAUAACUAGUUUUUGGGGCCGCUGUAAUUGGCAAUAGCUGUUGUGGUUUCCCAGCCAAUGAAUGUAUAAGUAUGAUGGCAAAGUAAAUAAAUAAAUAAAUAAAUAAAUAAAUAAAUAUCUACCACGCAAAACGCGCGUUUAUUUAACAAAUAUAAAACUUUUCCGUGUUGAUAUACAGUUAUAUCAACACGAGUGGAAAUUGGGAAAACGAGAAAUUGUGUGGAAACACGACGCCCGAAGGGUAGGCUCGAUCCAGCCGUUGGGUACCCGAUGGGCGGAGUGUUUUCACACAAUUUCGAGUUUUUCCAAUUUCCACGAGUGUUGAUAUAACUAUAUAUCAAUACGGAAAAAUAUUUUAUAUUUGUUUUAUAAUAUAGCACAAAGAAAUAUAAAGAAAGAAGUUUUCCGACGUUUCUAUGUUGACAUUGAGUUAUAUCAACACGGUUCUUAGCCAGUCAGCGUUCAGAAUUUACAAAUGCUAUAUUAUAAAUAUGAUUUAAACGCGCGUCCCAACGUGGUUAACACGAACUCGACAGACACAAAGAAUAGGAGAUCACGAUGUGGAGUUAGGCGAUACUUAAAAAUCGUAUCGUGAUUAUCGUUUAGAAACUUAAAAUCCUGCAUUAAGGACAGCCGCUUACUUAAGUGUAUAGAACGCUUGCUCAUGACGUUAGACUCUUUUGUCCGGAACACCAACAUGGCCGCCAUGGCUUUUGUUGAGUUGGUCCCUGGGGAAUGAGUGCAAACGUUCUAUAAGUGUGUUAACCAUCUUUACUUCGGAGCAUAUAUCGCUGUAGAUUCGUGUUUGUUUAUGAUUUAAAUUAAAGUGGCGGUUAAGUUUGUUCUGCUUGUGCGCAGGUUUCUUUGCAUAAUUUGUGUCAAAACAUUUUCUUUCAGGGAACAUGAAAUGCGGUGACCUCGACACAGUCUAUUCUCUCUUCGUUGCGAUACUGGUUGCGUAUAUUAUCCUCGCUGUGACGUCCUUCACUUCAUCAAUCUUUGGCUGUCUGGGUACUUGCUGCGCCCCUGUUGUAAGUAUAUACUUUAUGUGCUAUGAUUAACAGUUACUUUAGCACCUUGGAUGCUAGCCUGCCACGCAGGCCCUCAAUUUUAUGGGGGGCUGAUUUGCAAAUCAGGCCCCCAUAAAAUUGAGGGCCUGCGUGGCAGGCUACUUGGGUGCCAAUGGUUCUUUCCCGCUCAUAAUGGUGUAUCACGAGGGAUACGUGAGGAUGUAGAAAGUUAAAUUCUUAAGGCGAAACAAAUUAUACCAGCGGUCUUGGUUACAUCACUUACAUGGUCGUUCGAUGCAUGUUCAUGGCCAGAAAUCAUGGACAUAGUUUAUUCUACUUCCUUAGUAAUUUGCAUAUAUCACCUUGAAAUAUGGCUUCAACAGUAAACAGUGAAUUGUAUAACGCGACGUUGUUGAUCGCAAAAUCUGAGAAUAACGCAGAUCGUUUGCAACUUGACUCAGAAGUCUGUCGAAGUAUUUAGUGUAAUGUUGGCUUAGUUUCAGUUACUAUACCUAUUCUGCAUUUUCAAUAUUUAUAUAUACAGAGGUUAAUUUUUACGACACUUCACUUGUCUAUUUCAAUAACUCUAUAAACGAAUACCACACUACUGCCACUAGGAACAAACGAAAAUGCAGAAUAGGUAGUAACGUACACCAGACAAACACUACAUUAAAUAUUUCUACAAACUAUAUAUGUUCUGCAACCAGCAAUUGAGGCAAACACACCCUUUCGAUAAUUACGUCACAAGUCACAACUACACUGUUUUCAACUUAGGACCAUCUUAAAUGGAAAGGAUUUCAAGUUUCAGGAUGUAUUCGCACUGCUUGUUCCCAGCUUGUUCGACAACUUGCUACAAGGUUGUUGAGCUCGACAGACUUGUUACAGGUCAUGACCUGGAGCCUCGUUUCGUGUUAAUGCUUAUUUCCACAUUUAUUGGUCAAAAUAAAGAAUUAUUUUUCAUGCAUGUGUUGGAGAAGGAUGUUCUGCUUCUCUGUGCAUAGCCCAUGAGAAAAAAAUUGAAAUCCUUUCCAUUUUAAUAAGGUGGUUCUAAGCUGAAAACAAUGUAGUUGUGACGUAAUUAUCGAAAAGGUGUAUUGCAACCGGCCUACCGUAUUCUCUGAGUUUAAGAUUUGCAGCAUCCCCGUAAUAUAGCCUAAUAUAAUUAGCGUUUCUCACGAAGACCAAAUUCGCCAUUUUUGGGGUACUUUAUUGAAAAUGACGUGAAAAAUCUAAGCGAUGUGAAAACAUUUUUUUCAAAUAUUUAACUGCAAAUUAACUUAUAAUCAUUAUACUCACAAUGGACCUAUACCUUAUAAACAAAAAGUUGAUCUAGACAAAAAUUUCAUCACGGCUUGAAAGAGCAUCACGAAAUUAGUAAUAUUCCGAAGUUUCGUUGCGAAAUGUUGUAAAAUGUGGAUACUAUAUAUAGCCCUGCGAAGUUUGCCGUUUUACAUUGAUACUUCUUUCAGAGAAAUUGAUACUUUUUUUCAGAAAGCGGUAUCAAUUUCCCGUGGGUAAUACAAAAUGACUGAAAAACGGCAAACUUCGCAGGGCUAUAUUAUCCACAUUUUACAACAUUUUGCAACGAAACUUCGGAAUGUUACUAAUUUUGUGACUUGUUGAGAUCAAAAUUUUGGUUAUUAGGUAAUAGGUCCAUUACAGUUAUACAAAUCCCUUAAGGCCAUGUUACACGGUGCAAUUUUUCUUGCAACUUGCAAUGCAAUUCUACUCUUGAGAGAUGUUAAUUAGUGAAAUCAGUGAAGAAUUUUUGAUAUGUUGAAAAAACAUCAGCGGAGUGUAACGAAGACUCGUAUUUGGCAAUUUUACGUCUCUCAAGAGUAGAAUUGCAUUGCAAGUUGCAAGAAAAAUUGCACCGUGUAACAUGGCCUUUAUUCACUGCGUGCAAUCUCAGAUUUGGAAAAGACCGUACCUCAAAAAUUGGGGACGUGAAAAGGCUAAUUUACUGUUACACACGUAAAAACGCGCAAGUUGUAACAAACCUACAGCAGACUUGUAGCAAUGCUGUUCCAACAACUUGUCAACAGGAUGUAUUCGCACUGCUUGACGCUUGUUCCCAGCUUGUUUGACAACUUGCUAUAUUGUUGAGCUCAACAGACUUGUUACAGGUUGUUCCAAGAACUUGUUACGCCAGAGUAUAUGCCCGUUCGCAGGUUAGGUGCUGGGCAUGACUUUGCUUUUCUUCUUAUCGCGUGAUUUUCUAGGACCCGAUUGUGGUGGUAACCGCUGGAGUUCCAGUUCAUACCGGUGGCACAAUUGUUGUCUCAUCCAAUCAAUCCUCAAUGAUGCAUUCCGGUUAUCCAGGGCCCAUGGCGCCCGCCUAUGGUCACAUGCACCCCCCUGCCUAUGGCCAUGAAGACAAAUCUGGCCUGGUCCAAAACAUGGCUAUUUGAAGCGCAAAUCAGCGACGCCAUUUAUUAUCUUACUGAUUUUUCUGAUUUAUACUUGAUAUCAUUAUAUACGUAAUUUAGAUGGAGGUGAUGUAGUCUAUUCAGUUCUACAGAGAACGAAAAAUUUCCGUACUGGUAUUAUAAUACUGUAUUUGUAUUCUUGAAUGUAAUCUUUACUAUAAACAAGCUAUGACAUGGUAAAACUAAUGCCUUGUUUACACUGCACGAGCCUAAGCCUGGCCUGGGCCGACCUUUGGACUAGAUUUUUGUAGUGUAUAAACGCACUUCGGCUUAGGCUCGUAGUGUAAGUACUGUUUUGGAAAUGGUUUAAUUAAGUGUAAACGUUUUAGUCGAGUCAACUUUUAUGUAUCUUCGUUUUGGAAAUAUAUUAAACCGAUAAACUUCUACACUCUUUAAUACUGUUUUUAAAUUGAAUGUA